AUGGCUAAAUUCGAAUUCCGACAGAGGGCUAUCAUUGCAUGCAUCUUUUCCAUGAUCCCGCUUGUAUCUAAAAUACGAGCGAGUGAAAUAAAUUCUUUUUUUGACAGGUUGGUACCAGAAUCUCCUCGUUGGCUGUUAUUGAAUGGUAAAGAAGAAGAAGCUGAAGCAGUUCUUGCCAAAAUUGCCAGAAUGAACAAACGACCAUUGCCAGACGAUUUUGCACUGCAAAAACCUGUGGUAUCUGAAACGAGAAUAAGCUUUAAACAACUUUCUAAUGACUGGAAAACUGCUACGAAAAUCUUGAUUU